CAUAGGCGGCGCGGGCGGCGGCGAGGUUAGGUUAGGUUAGACUCCGCUGUAACGUCGUCGUUUAUUCACUCUUCUAUUUACGUUGUCUGACGCGCGACUCGACGCUGUGAGCGGAAAACAGUCACGAGGACCGAGGGAUCCGAGCUUGGGUAACGAUUGAAAAGCGUGCGCUCGCGCGGACCAGGACGAUGGAGGAGGUUACGAAGUUGGAGCACCUGUCUCUGGUGUCGAAGAUCUGCACGGAGCUGGAGAAUCACCUGGGGUUGAACGACAAGGACCUGGCCGAGUUCAUCAUACACCUGGCCGAGAAGAACGGCACGUUCGCGGCGUUCAAGAAGGUGCUGAUCGAGAACGGGGCCGAGUUCUCGGACUCCUUCAUGGCGAACCUUCUCAGGAUAAUCCAGCACAUGAAGCCCGCGAGGUCGUCCGCCGAUAAGCCGACCUCCAAGUCGGCGAGCAGGCAGGACGAGCUGGCGCUCAAGUUCCCGGCGCUGGCGUUGCCGAACGAGGGUCUGCGCUGCGAGGCCAGGGACGGCGACGCCAAGGACGAGGACAUCGUCAACGACGUGAUGGCGUCCCUGGAGGCGUUCGCGCCAUCCAAGAAGCAGCCGGCGGGCGCGGAGAAGAGUAACGGCAGAAUCGACAACGACGAGAGGAAGAGCAAGCGGGGAAGGAAGAGCAGAAGCAGGUCGAGGGACAGGAGGCGACACAGAUCCAGAUCGCCGGGUCGGAAGGAGCGGCCCAGGCACCGAUCGAGGACGCGCUCCCGCUCGCGGACGCGUCACAGGUCGCGCGAGAGAACGCGCAGGCGGCGCUCCGGGUCGCGGGAGCGCAGGAGGUCGCCGUCCCGCGAGCGCAGGGACGCGAGGGACGCGAGGCACUCGAGGAGACGCAACGCCGACCGGUCGAGGUCCAAGUCCGCCGAGGAGACGCUCUCCGCGGAGCCGGAGGUGGGUAAGAUUUACGCCGGCAAGGUCGCCAACAUCGUGCCGUUCGGCUGCUUCGUCCAGCUGGAGGGUCUGAGACGCCGCUGGGAGGGCCUGGUGCACAUCUCCCAGUUGCGGCGGGAGGGCCGAGUGGCGAACGCCAGCGACGUGGUCUCCCGGGGGCAGAAGGUCCUGGUGAAGGUGCUGAACGUCGGCGGGCAGAAGGUGUCGCUGAGCAUGAAGGACGUCGACCAGGAGACCGGCCGGGACUUGAACCCCGUGGUGCCGGUCGCGAAGGCGGACGAGGACGAGAAGCACCUGCGCAACCCGGACCGGCCCACCUCCCUGCUGGAGCUGCAAGGCAACUACGACGAGGACGAGACGUAUUCGAGGAAGCGCGUGCAACGCCUGUCGUCGCCGGAGAAGUGGGAGAUCAAGCAGAUGCUGGCGGCGUCGUGCAUCGACAGGAGCGAGCUGCCGGAGUUCGACACGGAGACCGGAAUCCUGCCGCGGGAGGACGACGAGGAGGAGGACGUGGAGAUCGAGCUGGUCGAGGAGGAGCCGCCGUUCCUGCACGGCCACGGCAGAGCGCUCGGCGAUCUCAGUCCCGUACGAAUAGUGAAGAACCCGGACGGCUCGCUGGCGCAGGCGGCGAUGAUGCAGAGCGCCCUGGCGAAGGAGCGACGGGAGCAGAAGAUGCUGCAGCGCGAGCAGGAGAUGGACUCCGUGCCGACCGGCCUGAACAAGAACUGGAUAGACCCGCUGCCGGACGCGGAGAGCCGCACCCUCGCGGCAAACAUGCGCGGCAUCGGCCUGCAAACGCAGGACCUGCCCGAGUGGAAGAAGCACGUGAUAGGCGGCAAGAAGUCGUCGUUCGGCAAGAAGACCAAUCUGACGCUGCUGGAGCAGCGUCAGAGCCUGCCGAUCUACAAGCUGCGCGACGACCUGGUGAAAGCCGUCACGGACAAUCAGAUUUUGAUCGUGAUCGGCGAGACCGGCUCGGGCAAGACGACGCAGAUCACGCAGUACCUGGCGGAGGCCGGUUUCACCGCGCGCGGCAAGAUCGGCUGCACGCAGCCGCGACGUGUCGCGGCUAUGAGCGUGGCCAAGCGUGUGGCGGAGGAGUUUGGCUGCUGCCUCGGCCAGGAGGUGGGCUACACCAUCCGUUUCGAGGACUGCACCGGGCCGGAAACCAACAUCAAGUACAUGACGGACGGUAUGCUGCUGCGCGAGUGCCUGAUGGACCUCGAUCUGAAAACGUACUCGGUCAUUAUGCUGGACGAGGCGCACGAGCGCACGAUACACACGGACGUGCUGUUCGGCCUGCUGAAGCAGGCGGUGGGUCGCAGGCCCGACCUCAAGCUGAUCGUCACCAGCGCCACCCUGGACGCGGUCAAGUUCUCGCAGUACUUCUUCGAGGCGCCCAUCUUCACCAUACCCGGGCGCACGUUCGAGGUCGAGGUGAUGUACACGAAGGAGCCGGAGACCGAUUACCUGGACGCCGCGCUCAUCACCGUCAUGCAGAUCCACCUGCGCGAGCCGCCGGGCGACAUCCUGCUCUUCCUCACCGGUCAGGAGGAGAUCGACACCGCUUGCGAGAUCCUCUACGAGCGCAUGAAGUCACUCGGCCCGGACGUGCCGGAGCUGAUUAUCCUCCCGGUCUACUCGGCCCUGCCGUCCGAGAUGCAGACCAGAAUAUUCGAGCCGGCGCCGCCCGGCUCGCGCAAGGUCGUCAUCGCCACGAACAUCGCCGAGACCAGCCUGACGAUCGACGGUAUAUACUACGUCGUCGACCCGGGCUUCGUCAAGCAGAAGGUCUACAAUUCCAAGACCGGCAUGGACAGUCUGAUAGUGACGCCGAUCAGCCAGGCGGCGGCGAAGCAGAGAAGCGGCCGAGCCGGCAGAACCGGCCCUGGCAAGUGCUAUCGACUUUACACCGAGCGGGCCUACAGGGACGAGAUGCUGCCCACGCCGGUCCCGGAGAUACAACGCACGAAUCUCGCCACCACCGUGCUGCAGCUCAAAACCAUGGGCAUCAACGAUCUCCUGCACUUUGAUUUCAUGGACGCGCCGCCGGUCGAGUCGCUAAUCAUGGCACUGGAGUCGUUGCACAGCCUGAGCGCACUCGACAACGAGGGCCUGCUGACGCGGCUGGGCCGGCGAAUGGCCGAAUUCCCGCUGGAGCCGAAUCUGUCCAAGAUGCUCAUCAUGAGCGUGCACCUGCAGUGCUCCGACGAGAUCCUGACUAUCGUCAGCAUGCUGUCCGUGCAGAACGUCUUCUAUCGGCCGAAGGACAAGCAGGCCCUGGCCGAUCAGAAGAAGGCCAAGUUUAAUCAACCCGAGGGCGAUCACCUCACCCUACUGGCGGUCUAUAAUUCCUGGAAGAACAACAAGCUGAGCAACGCUUGGUGCUACGAGAACUUUGUGCAGAUACGUACGUUGAAGCGCGCCCAAGACGUACGUAAGCAACUGCUCGGCAUUAUGGACAGGCACAAGUUGGACGUGGUAUCGGCCGGCAAGAACACCGUGCGCAUACAGAAGGCGGUGUGCUCGGGAUUCUUCAGGAACGCCGCGAAGAAGGAUCCGCAGGAGGGAUACAGGACGCUGGUCGACAGCCAAGUGGUGUAUAUCCAUCCGAGUAGCGCGCUGUUCAAUCGCCAGCCGGAAUGGGUCAUCUAUCACGAGUUGGUGCAGACCACCAAGGAAUACAUGAGGGAGGUGACGACGAUCGAUCCGAAAUGGCUGGUGGAGUUCGCACCCGCGUUCUUCAAGUUCAGCGACCCGACCAAACUCAGCAAGUUCAAAAAGAAUCAAAGACUGGAGCCGCUCUACAACAAGUACGAGGAGCCGAACGCGUGGAGGAUAUCGCGCGUUCGCAGGCGACGUAAUUAAGGAAUACGCUUAUAAAGUCUAUGAAGCAAAGAAUAUGAAGACAGCUUAUGAUAUCGCCAAGAUGUUGAAUUGAUUUUAUUAUGGCGUCAUGGUGAAAACUGGAGAAAUGUAAUGCGACCAUUGAAUUGUGUACAAGAAUGCAGUUAUAAAAAGAGGAUUAUUUACAGAUCUCUGUGAUGUAUAUAUACUUGUAAACAUUGUAAAUAUAUAAUCAUAUGCACAUUA